GUAACGAUUCGCCACACUAACAAUUCGCCACAUAACGAUUCGCCACAGAGUAAUAACGAUUCGCCACAGUUAAAUAACGAUUCGCCACAGUAUGAUUAUAAAAAUGAUUUUUUUAGUAAUCAACAGACUAUUUCCUUUUGUUUUAAUAAUUUGACAAUGACAAUAAUUUAAUAAUGUUUCUUAAUACAAGUAAUAUGAAGUUAAGGCCCCCAUUGAGGAAUUUCAAUUUAUCAAAGUAACAUUAUUACAGGAGUACAUUUACAAGAAAGUAAUUAUAUGUUGAAAAAAAAAUAGAAUAUAUAUUUAUAAAAAUACAUAUUUCAUAAAUUAUAUAUAAGUCAAAUAUUUUUUUAAAAAAGGUAUUGCAAAACAUGUGUUUUGAAAAUUGAUUUACGAUAAUUGAUUAAAGAACGCAUAUCUAAAACAUUUGUCACACCUUUAAUCUAAGCAAGUCAAUCACCUUAGGAUUGUUGUAGAAAUAUUUAAUUGACGCCGAAAUAAUCCUUUAUUUAGCUGACAACGUGAGCAGAUUUCAAAACAAUGCGGUAAUUAAGCUUAUGUUUGUUAACAAAUUAAUUUGAGUGAUAUAUGCCGAUUUAGAGGGUUUAAAAACACCAUCUUGCACAACUUAAAAUCAUACACAAAAUAGUAUACAAACGAAAAAUAACGAAAACAAAAUCAUGCCUGCUCCUCCUUGUUCAUUCUGUUUAAGACGUAUCUACAGUAACUCACGUGCUGUAACAUGUGACAAGUGUCAAAGAUGGCAUCAUAUAAAAUGUGGAAACACAGGUAUUUCUCAGCAAGACUACGAUGCAGCCGUAGAGGGUAAUAUUGAUCUGCAUUUUAUAUGCGCAAUUUGCCGUUUUGAUGACGAGUCAAUGGAGGUAGAACCGAUGGAAGUCGACAACUGUGAAGAUGUGACAAUGAUCUAUUGUGAUCUGGAAGUGCCAGAACCAGUCUGUAACUCUAGUGUCUCCACGAUAGAAGAAAUUAGUGAUUACGUUCGCGCCGACAACACCAGUACAUUUGACGUGCCAGGGACCGUUAGAGAUAUUGAACCUGACAAUAUAGAGACUGAUAUUCCCGAUGACACUGUGGUGGGGGUACCAUCAGCAUCAGAAGUGAUUUACAAAGUAAUAGAGAAGGGUACUGAACGAGGGAAACCGAAAUUGGUGACAUCGGAUGGGUAUUCGUUUGUAAUCAAUAGAACAUUCAAUUCAGGCGUUGUAGAGUGGCGGUGUAGUGUUAGAAGAAAGGACUUAAAGUGUAGCGCAAACGUAACAGAUUCACUACAAGACGCCAAUCAACCAGAAGCCUCUCGAACCUCAGAUCAGGCACUUUACCAGAUGUGCAGUCGCGCACGUUCGUGUCUCCGACCAAAAGACCCAACAACUCUUGAUUUUGAGAUUGACGAGGAAUACCUUGGUCGAACAAUAGAAGAACCUUUCUACCGGGAAACAGUUACGGUGAAGGACCGAAAACAUAUUAUCCUGUCUACAGACGUACAGCUCAGCCUUCUCUCCAGAGCGAAGUCAUGGUACAUCGACGGUACAUUCAAAGUGGUGAAGACUCCCUUCACUCAACUUUUGUCUGUUCACGCUUUCAUCAAGUCCGGGGAAAACAUGAAGCAGGUCCCUUUAUGUUUUGUACUAAUGUCUGGGAAAAAAUGGCGUGACUAUAAAAAGGUCUUCCGAGCGAUCAGCAAUCUAACACCUGGGCGAUGCGUUGAAACAUUCGUUGUUGAUUUUGAAGCAGGAAUGUGGCAGGGGCUAAGAGACGUGUUUGAGGAUCCCCACAUUAAAGGCUGUGCGUUUCAUUUCUGACAGGCCCUCUUCCGUAAAGUACAAGAACUUGGUCUACAGACAGCUUACAGUGAACAGAAUGAUGUUUAUCAACUUUUGAGGAAGACGUUUUCCCUCCCACUUCUGCCAGCAGACGACAUUAGACCAGCUUUCCAGUAUCUGAAGUCGAAGAGUUCAACCCCAGAAACAGACGCCUACAUCAACUACAUCGAGAAUACCUGGAUCAACAACGUCAUUUGGCCUGUGGAAUCGUGGUGUCAGUUUGGACGAUCUGUGAGAACCAAUAACGACUGUGAAGGCUGGCAUAACAAA